GGCAGAAGUCUGCUAUAGUGAUGUGUACCUAUCCAGUGCUUUUUCAGAUCAGAUAUAGUGGAAAGAAAGUGUGGAGAUUUACCGACACUUGGUUCAAUUUGUUACAGUCUGUUGUUGCCAUGAAAAACAGAUUGUUCACCUUUGAGAAGGAUUACGUGGGGGAAAAGAAUAAUAAGCACACACUAGUUUACAUCCAUUCAGUGUCCAUGCGUUACACGAGGCAGCGCUGCAGCUAUUUCUGUUCAGGCAAUUCAUAAGGCAGCCCACUUGAAGGGUCCUUCUAGCUGGAGGUGACAUUCGCAGUUGCAGCAAAAAAGCCGGUAAGAGAAGUCGUGAAAAUUACUCAAAAUAAAGCAUCAUGGCACAGGCAGUCCAGAAACUGAUGGCCAAAGUACCUACUUUGAUCGGAGCCGCUGCUACCUACUCCAAGCCCCGUCUGGCGACCUUCUGGCACUAUGCUAAAGUCGAGCUCGUGCCCCCUUCCCCUGCCGAGAUUCCCCAGGCCAUUAUUGGGAUCAAAAACAUUGUCACCGGUGUCAACAGUGGACGCCUUGGACAGACCACAGUGAAGGAUGCAUUCAGAAAUGGAUUGGUGUGCACUGAAGUGUUAAUGUGGUUCUACAUUGGAGAGUGCAUCGGGAAAGGAGGCAUUGUUGGAUAUGCUGUAUAAAUCGGACUGUCUUGUUGCUCUGUUCUUAACUUCCACCUCAACUGGAAAUCCAAUUAAUAAAUGUAUAUUAUUUAAAGAACUUUAGCACUGUAACUUGAAACAUUUACAACUGUCAUGACACUGCAGGACUGCUAUCAAAUAUAUUGAAGUUGCCAACUUUCUUCUGAAACAUUUGUGGGAAAUAUACUGAACAAAAAUAGAAACUCAAAUAAGAUUUUACUGAGUUUGAGGAAAUCAGUUAAUUUAAGUGUUAGGCCCUAAUCUGUGGAUUUCACAUGACUGGGAAUACAGGUAUGCAUCUGUUCAGAUACCUUAAAAUGGGCCUUGCGAUCUUGUCAUGUUAUUUGUGUAUUCAAGUUGCCAAUGGAUAAAAUGCAACUGUUCGUUGUCUGUAACUUAUGCCUGCCAUAACCCCACCAUGGGCCACUUUUAAAUAAGUUGACAGCUCAACCGUCUGCGGUUGGAUGGACUGCCAUAUUCUAAAACGAGUUUCCUCCAACUUAUGGCAGGGAAAUGAACAUUAAAUUCUCUGCCAAC